CUUCAAUACCAGACCAGAACAAAACACACAAGCAGCAAUGGUCGGACGACUCCAAGACAAGGUUUGCAUCGUAACUGGCGCUGCUGGAGGCAUCGGCAUCGAGACCUCCAUCCUUAUGGCCCGAGAGGGCGCUUUCGUUGUCAUGUCUGACAUCAGCGAGACUGCCGUCCAGAAAGCUGCCGCUCGUGUACUCGAGUUGAACCCGGAAGCAAAGGGCCGCGUUCUUCCUUUUGUUUGCGAUGUCUCAAAAGAAGCACAGGUGAAGGCGAUGGUCGACAAGGCAGAGUCUGAGUGGGGAAGACCUUUGAAUGUAAUGUUCAAUAACGCCGGUAUCAUGCAUCCCGAAGAUGACAAUGCGUUGAAUACGGAAGAGAAGAUUUGGGAUUUGACACACUCCAUAAACGUCAAGGGUGUAUGGUGGGGCUGCAAGUACGCCAUCGAGGCUAUGCUCAGGUCGGGCAAGGGUGGUUCUAUCAUCAACACUGCUUCCAUGGUUGCACUUGUUGGUGCCGCUACGCCUCAACUUGCUUACACCGCUUCCAAGGGAGCUGUUCUUGCCAUGACUCGUGAGCUUGGAAUCGUUCACGCCAAGCAAGGUAUUCGAAUCAAUGCUCUUUGCCCCGGACCUCUCAACACUCCUCUACUCCAGGAGUUCCUUGAUACCCAAGAGAAAAGAAUUAGACGAACGAUUCACUUACCUAUGGGUCGUUUCGGAGAAGCGGUUGAACAGGCGCAUGCUGUUAUCUUCCUGGCCAGUGAUGAAAGCAGCUAUGUGACGGCGCAGGAGUUUUUGGUUGACGGUGGAUUGACUUCUGCUUACGUUACAGCAGAAGGUGACCCGGCACCCGCGCCCAAGAAUAAUGCCUGAUUUCCGUGCGUACGAGCUCAAGAGAUUGGCGCUCUCCUCGCAUGCUGAAUUUGAACGAUCAUAUUCCACAGAAGGCUGGACCUUGUCGUGGUUUUGGCGAGCGCAAUACGUUAGAUGCAAAUGAGGUGUUUCCUGUUCGUCUUUGAGGAGUGCCUGCAAGAGCCUCAGUUGCAUACACUGUAUUAAUCCACGUCUUUCAUAAGCCGGCGGCUGCCCU